UCUCCGAGUUUUUGCUUCUGCUUUGUUCUCCUUUCUGCACCGCACUCCACCAGUUCUGUUGUCGGGCCUGUGAGAGCUCACAGUCCAAGCCCACACCCACGGACAGCCUGGGACCCAAAACGCGCGCAGAUCGCGCCAUCGUGUACGUAAGGCGCACGGACACUCGUCCGGCCGGGUAGUAAAUUCCCUUCUUUUCGAAACCCCUAACCAGCGCGUUUUUCUUAUUCUUCCUUUCUUCUUCUUCUUCUUCUUGCGUUCUUCUUCUCCUCUGUUUCUUUUUUAUUUUUUUAUUUGGUUUUCGGCCGACUGGUGAACGAACUUAGAGGCCGCGCCACUUUCGCGACGCGGUGGAGUAAAGGGCUCCGGCCGAGCCAGCACCUCCAGUGGAGCCAACAUAUACACUACAUGAUAGGAGAUUUUCGAUAUGUAUAAACAUCGAUUCUUGGAUUUAUUUCAAGUUCAAGUCGGCUUUCCACAUCUGGAUUCGCCUCUGCUCGUCUGCUUUCGCGUUAGAUCUGCUCUCCUGUCUCCUCUCCAGAUCCCCUCCAGUUUCCCCUUGAGAAACCCGCACGCUUCUUCCAAAACGGCGUGGUUUUGAGCAUUUUUGGGCUAGGUUUAGUUGCCUCAGAAUUAUUAAUUUUCAUUCUGUCCUGCCUGCUGUGUUAUACUUCUCAUUUCUCGACUUCGUUUUAAUGGAAGCUCAAAGUCUGCUUUGUUUACGCUCAAAGUUCAUAAUCCCUUCAGUUCAAAAUCGACCCCUCUUCGUUUUCUCUACACCUGAUUGGGCUUUUUGCGCAUCUAACAAAUCUUCUGAAAUCCCUCAUUUUUCUCUUAGAUCACGUUCUAUACAUUGCUUAAAUAGCAUCAAAGCAGAAAAACCUGGUGACUUUGUUUUCAAUGAUAACGAAUUGAAAACUGAAGUUAAAAUGAAGAAGCUAGCUGUUUUUGUGUCGGGUGGCGGUUCCAAUUUCAGGUCACUUCAUCAGGCUUGCCUUGAGGGUUCAAUCCAUGGUGAUGUGGUUGUAUUGGUUACAAAUAAGGGAGAUUGUGGAGGUGCUGAGUAUGCAAGAAAUAAUGGCAUCCCAACACUUUUGUUCCCGAAAGUAAAAGAUCAACCCAAUGGACUGUCUCCUAGUGAGCUUGUUACUGUUCUUAGAUAUGAGAUUGAUUUUAUUCUUCUAGCUGGAUAUUUGAAACUUAUUCCAUUAGAGUUGAUCCGAGCUUAUCCAAAGUGUAUCGUAAAUAUUCAUCCAUCACUUCUUCCAGCUUUUGGAGGCAAAGGCUAUUUUGGCAUGAAGGUACAUAGAGCAGUCAUUGCUUCAGGAGCCAGGUAUACAGGAGCAACAAUUCAUUUUGUUGAUGAGAAUUAUGACACGGGACGAAUACUUGCUCAACAAGUUGUCCCUGUGUUUGCAACUGAUACUGCUGAGGUGUUGGCUGCAAGGGUUCUUCAGGAGGAGCAUCGCCUAUAUGUGAAAGUAGUAGCAGCAUUAUGUGAGGGGCGGAUAAAAUGGAGAGAAGAUGGAGUGCCUAUAAUUCAGAGCAAGCAAAAACCCAACGAGUACUAUUAGUUGGACCUGAUACAACCAUGUCCUCCUGCCUUCUAUGGAGUUUGAGGUCAUCAAUAGGUUAGUUUGUACUGCUUGAAUUCUCCCCUGAUUGUGCAAAAUACGAAAGUGUUAGGCAAACAUGAUUGUGCCUGCGCUUAAUUGUCUUACAACUAGUCUUUCUCUUGGAUUGAAGAGUCCAAGAUAUACACUGACAUUUGCCUAGUAGCAGAGAUGCGUUACUACUAUUAAAAUGUGGGGUUUAAUAUUUUUUUUCCUCGCAAAGUGGUACGAUUCAUUUUCCCCAACAUUUCUAGGCUUUGAUGUUCGUUUUAUUCCCCUUUUUUAUCUUCCAAUUCCCCUGUUUCUUUUACUUUGAUUAACCUGUCUUCUGUGGUUUUUGUAUGAACUUGGCAUGAAUUACGGAAGCAUUCUGGGAAUCUGGGUCAUGCUUUAUAUUUAAACGUGGAGUUAGUGUUUUUUCUUUCUUAGAUUCAAUGUCAAGAUCAUGUAGGAGUUAUGUUGUUGUGUGUACCAGUUGGACGAAGCAAAA